ACAAAGAGAUUGAUCACAACAUUGUAAACGUUGGAAUAGGGUAGGCAGUCAUGAAAGUUUUGGUAUUUCUCUUUUGCUUCUUCGCCGUUGCGUACAGUAAUGAUUGGAUGAAAAGUCCAUACGGAGAUAAUGAUGAAUUCAACACUAAAGCAAGAUUUGGCGACAAUAUAAGUUUGCAAUGUAACGAUUCUAGAUCACUUCCAAGUGAGAGAACGAUUUAUAAAUGGAUCCUUCCAAAUUUGGAUAUUGCCGAUAAAAACUAUAAUAAGAGUUAUAAAUCGCUUGAUGGAGAUGUCAACCUUAAAGUCAUUGAAGAUGGAGAAUUUCUUCUGAUUUCGAAAGUUCAGGAGGAGCAUUUUGGCUUUUACUAUUGCGUUGGAUCUCUUACCAAUGGAGAGGAAUUCGUAAUUAAGAAAGGUCUCAAUUAUAACGGCUAUUAUUUUGGUAACCUUUGGAGAAAGUAUAAGAAAGCCACAAUAGUCGGAUUAUCUACCUCCCUCCCUCUUAUGGCAGCUCUAUUAGUCGCACUUGCAAUUCAUAGUCGUAUGACCUGGAAUGACGAAGAUAUUCCCAUCGAAAUGAAAAACAUUCCACUUCAUCUACUUGAAGGAGCAGAAGAGAAUGGAAUUGCAACCCCGACAAAAGAAGACAGUGUUAUCGAAAAACAACCGGUUUCUAUUGCCUACGAUAACAGGGCUUACGACAGUGAUCUAAAAGAUAGCGACUACUAUUCGCAAGGUCUUACAACUCUUUAG